AUGUUUGGUGCUCUGAGCUCCACCGUCAUGUCUCUGAUGAUCGGCUCCUACGCCUCGUCUGCUGUCACUUUCCCCGGAGUCAAGCUGAUCUACGACGCAGGUGUGUCCUUCCAGGUGAUCAUGUGGGUGUGGGGGGGUCUGGCUGCGUCUGUCUUUUUCAACUGCUUCUUCAACUGGCCCAAGAAGGCUUCCCUACACCUGAUGAGAUACCGUUCCUUUCCGCCGCUCUGUGUUCUCUCCAUCUUCCUGUGGAGUUUGAUCACAAUGGGAAUGUCCCAGCUGAGGAUCAUCUUCUUCAUGGGGCCGAUGAACAAGAUGCUGGAGUUCAUGGUCACACACGGCGAAGAGCAUCCAUCUGAGGAGCUGGUGAUUGAAGCAAAGGAAAAAGUGAGUUUCUACUCCUCCAUCUUCGGCACGCUGCAGCUGCUGUGUCUGGUCACAUGUCCUCUGAUUGGAUACAUCAUGGACUGGAAGAUGAAGGAGUGUGAAGAGGAGAAGGUUGCUCCACAGACGCAGAACACAAACCGACCAGUGGGCCCAAGAGAGACCGCAAAAUCCAGAGAGUGACCAACGCCAUGAGAGCCUUCAUCUUCACCAACAUGCUGCUGCUCGCUUUCGGAUUCUGCUGCCUCAUAGACAACCUGCCUCUACAGAUUUUGACCUUCAUCCUCCACACCAUGGUCCGAGGCUUCAUCCACUCCUGCUGCGGAGGCCUUUACGCUGGCUGUGUG